UGGUCGACAUCCGUUCAACGUUUACAAUUAUUGAAUCCGAUAUUUUAUGCGAUACGUCCAGUGGGUAAUUUAUGUCGGAAUUUUUAAUGUCUGCUUACAGGACUUCAUGAAAACGUCGUACAUCCAAUUUCAGGUCCUGUUGAUUGUAUCUUGCUCCUUCCAACUGGUUCCCAUCGAAGUGAAGACGUUUGAUGUGAACGGAUCCAAGUCUAUCAAAGCGAACUAUGGCGACAGUGUUGUAUUACAUUGUGAGGUGACCGGAAGUGGCGGGACUUAUGCUGUUCUAAGUGGGCCCGAGUUGAGCAAAUUCAAGACCCACACACAGAACACGGCCGUUAUUGAUAAAACAUUUGCCAAUCUUACCUGUCAGGAUGCUGGGAGAUAUUUCUGCUGGGGACAAAAUGGAGGAGGCGAAACGGGUCCAAAGGAUUUUGUUGACGUCAAUAUUACAUGUCUUGUAGAACCGCCCCCAGUGUACCAAGGCAAACCUUACCAGCCCGAGAAAAUGAUCGAAGUUUCAAGUGAGAAAAACACGACCUUUCAGUUUGUUGUGUACGGCUAUCCAGAACCAACGUCGUACGAUUUGAGAAUACAAACAAAAAGUAACUCGUAUAGCGAUGUUACCAGCAGCCACUACAAUGUACAAUACAUCCAUCAAGAGCCUCCGUUUGGUCUGGUCACGCUGACCAUCUAUGAUGAAAACACGAAGGAGACCAUCACGUACGUUCUGGGCAUCAACAGUGAAAAGGGGAGGGUCGAGGUCACUGUGGAGGUCGUCAAGGUCACCCAAACACCAGCUCCUGGCUCAUCUAUCAACUAUACAGCCAUUGGACUUGGUGUGGGGAGUGGGUGCUUUCUGAUCAGCGUCGUAAUUGUCGUCUUGUGCAAAGUUUCAAAGGUCACGCCUGCCCCUUAGGUCACGUGAUGGGUUGAUGGAGUCACGGUGUGGCAUACCUGGCAAAACUUCACC